CGUGGACUUUCAUGUCAGCUGUGAUUACAGAGGGCACGGCCAAUAACCAGAACCUGACCCACCCAACGUGGCAUUGUUAGCUGCGGGGGAGGCAAGGGGUAGAGGCCGGUAACAGCGGCAAGCCUUGUCGCCAGGCAACGCCGGCCCGCCCAGCCGCCAGCGCAGUCGCGCCCGACACAACCCACGACCAGCCUCUUUGCAACCCAGACCAGCCGCGCCCCGGAGCUCCCGCUAUGCCGCCCCGCCGCGCGCCCGCCGACGAGCCAGUGUCCCUGCCCGGCGUCAUCGAGGCCGCUCGGCGUCGAGGGCGUCGGCGCCGCAGCCGCAGCCGCCGGCGUCGAAGCCGCAGCCGGCGUCGCAGCCGUAGCCGCAGCCGCAGCCUCAGCCAGGCGCAGGAGAUGGCCGGCAUGAGCCGCUCGCCGUCACCGGCGCCCUCGAGCCGCGCCAGCAGCGCGGCCCGGUCGCUGUCGUCGGGGAAGGCCAGGACGGCCAAGAAGAACGUGAACCCCUUCCUCAACUUCGUGGCUGCGGAGCGGGCGCGCAUGGGCGCGGCGGCGCAGGGCCGCAAGGCCUCCGAGGUGACCCGCGAGCUCGGGGCGCGCUGGAGCGCCAUGCCCAUAGAGGAGCGGCAGCCCUACCUCGCCGCCGCCAUGGACGCCCAGCGCCGUCGCCGUCGUGGCCGGCGCAUGAGGCGUCGCCGGGGAAGCCGUCGGCGCCGCAGCCGCAGCCGGCGGCGUCGUUAGGCCCCGGGGACGAGACGCACGAGAUGGGGCGGGCGAGGCAGACCUUGGUAGACCUGGGUUCAAGCUUUCAUCUGAAGAAAAACACCGAGAGGCUGGUCGACUACAGUUGCUCUUUUGGUCAUCGAAACAAAAUUUAAUAAAAGUUUGAAGUUUUAACAAA